AUGGAAAGGUGGAAUGUUUGUGCAAACCAGAACAAACCGGGUGCCGAUGAUUCGGAUUGUACAUUGCGCCAAUGCGCCACUAAGAAUGUGGUCGUGUCGUCGAGUUGGUGUGUUUGUGCAAGAAGAGUAUCGGUCAAGAAAUGUGAUGAGAUGUCGUCAAGUGGACGAAGCGAUCUAUCGGAAGCGAUUCAGAUUCAGCGAUGA